CGCACCGAGCCGGUCGUUUCGCGCCAAGGCACAGUUUUCGUCGACGUCGCGACGCUUUUCGCGCGAAAAACUCGAAGAAGUGGUGGUAAAGUGGCCGUUAUGAGUUUAUAAAAAAAAAGAUACGGUUUGGGGGGUGGUGUUGGAAAAGUGUGGGAAACUUUACGAGCAAACUAGAACAGGUGCAGGUGUGGGAAGAAGAAGCAAAGGGAGAAGAAUUGUUUGCCGGGAAAUUGCCGAUUGAGGACGAUAGGGUCAGUAUCUUUGCCAAUUUGUGGCGCGCAUACCUUCGUCAUUCAGGCAGAAGCAUCGGCGCCAAAUGGUUCCGAUUAUCGCCGCGUUCCGUCGGACCGGAACAGUCUGGGAAAGGCCGUGGAAGCGAUCGGAGCGUUUAGGUGUAGAGUGCGAAGGACUCCAAGGCGUCCAACCAGAAGGGUGCUGCUGUUCUAGUUGAAGGUGCUGGUUACCUUCAGCCAGGUGUUGUUAGUCGCGUUCACGAACGCGUGUGUUUUUCCUCGUGGGAAGUGACGGUGAUUUGUGCCUCUGAUUGGGGUUGAUUUGUGAAAAAUUGUGUUCAACAAAAGUACAACCAGAGUUAUUACCUGAAAACCAAAUGUGUGAGAAAAAUAUGAUUGGAUUUUCCGAAGGCAUGGCACAACAGCAACCUCACCGUAGGCCGUUGAACGGAUUUUCCUAUGGUGUUUGGCUGUGGAAGGACGAGCACACAGCUCGUAGUGUAAUUAGGUUGUAAAUUGGAUCAAGCUCGUACUCAGAAAGCGGUGGCUUGUUGUACGUGGUUUAAGAAAGUUAUUCGCAAUUAGUACUUGAUUUGCUGAUUGGAUAAAGCUGUUGUCAUUUGAAAAUGGACUCCUCUCCGAUGAAAAACAACCGCAAGGUUCGGUUUUCCCUGCCGGACAACAACAUUCCCGUGGUUCUGCCAAUAUCGUCGUCCUCAACCCAAUCCACAAAGCAGCGCCUUUCCCACGGAACCCUGCAGUACGUCAACGGAACGCUGGUCAGUCAACCGGCGCCACAACUACAACCCGCUGGCACCCCACAACCUCCGCUGGACCUAAAUCGCCAGGUACCGGCCCACCUGAGAGCCCCAAAAGCCAAGGAACCGGGCACGAAGAUUGUGCUGCACUUGAGACCUUCCACCGGAGUUGAGAGAUUCGAAAAUGUGGAAGUUUCGCCGAAACCUGCGGGGAACAACGGUGGAACUGGGCCGUUGGAGAAGGGUGGCAAUGGUAAGAAACAACCCCAGAAGAGCAGCCAUCCGCGGUUGGAACCGAGGUCGUUCAAAAUGCUGCCACAAAUCAAUCCAAAGUUCCCGAGUUCGGAUGAACUGACCAACGGAGGACCGGUUCGGGACGCUUGCCAUCGGCACAAGUCCAGUGAAGAACUCGGCAAGACAACGGACGCAAAUAACAAUGUCCAGCACGUUAAAAAGCAAACGUUGAUGCUGCGGUCACUUUCGAGCGUCGGAGGUCCCAACGGCAGUGCCAAAUCCCUGGCAACCCGGCCACGAGCAAAAUCCGUCGGAAAAAUCAACGCCCCCAGAGGGACCAAAACCCUAAUCUCCCCGCACCUCCAAACCCACGACAGUGACAUCACAAUCAAAGUGCUGGAAAGUUCCCCGGCCCGGCGACCCUACCCGUCAUCCUCCUCGGAACUGACCAGCGGCGAUCUGCGCCGGUACAGUGAACCGAUAGACUCGAGCAGCAUGAUGGCGGCGGCGUCCGCAAAACCAGUUCAAAAGUUUCAGUUUGCCAAGUGUAACUUCCUAACGGUGCCAGAGUUCAGCGAUCGGUUCGAAGGCAUGGAAACGGUUGUUUCCACGUCCGGUCCGACCGUCGAAGGUGGUCCCGACGAGGACCUGGAAGAGGACGACGACGAGGAGGAGGAGGACGAAGAGGAGCAGGAGCAGGGUGGUGGCGAUGAAAAUGGUGACGUGGGCCAGGACCAGGAGGAGAACAAGAGUCGGGUAAAUGGCGGCCGGGAAAAUCGAAUCAACGGCAACGGAGGUGGUGGCGUGAACGCGAUCGAAGCGGUGAAAACGGGUCGAAAGGGGUUGAAGAGGAAUGGAAGUGUUGACACCGACGCGUCGACCUCGUCAUCGUCGACAUCGGCGGCGGCGAAAGCUCCGUCCCAUCAUCGACUCGACGACGCCGGCUUCAAGUGCAUCCAGGACACGAACCUCGGCCGAGACAAAAACUCGCUCCAAUUCUGGGACUUUGUCGAGCGGUGGCGGGCAAACCGAGCGCUGAAAAAGCUGAACGCCGACAAUUUCCUCAACGGCUGCGGCGGCUCGGCCAAUGGCUCAGUUCAAUCGGGUAGCUCGGGCCGUGCGGACGUGCGAAGCCCCACCCUCAGCUCCCGGAUCCGCGCGCUCAGGAUGAGCAUGGAGCAGGUUCCGACGGUGACGACGCUGCUGCGGGCCUCCCGCGACGCCAACGAGUACCUGCUGAAGGAGGUGUUCCGGGACAUCCUCGAGAAUGGCAUCUCGCGCGAGAAUCUCAACUCGACGGAUCGCAGCGGACGGACGGCCAUUUCGUACAUCUGUUCGACCAACUUGACAAACUUUUUGGAGCUGUUCCUCCAGCUGCCCGGAAUCGACGUAAACAAGCCGGACAACGAGGGCAACUCCCCGCUCCACUUUGCGGCACAGGCUGGCUUAUCCGACAUCGUCAACAUGCUAAUCACCAAGUGUCGCAGUUUGGUCAUCGACCCGAAGAACAAUCUCGGCUUCACACCCCUGAUGAAGGCUGCCCUGCAGGGCCGAACUCGGUGCGCCAAGCUGCUGCUGUUUGCUGGGGCAUCGCCGGUCGAGACCGACACGGGUCGGGGCUUUAGGGCGGAGCAGUGGGCCCGAUUCUGUGGCAGACACACGUGCGCCGAAACGAUAGAGCAGUGCGCCCGGGCUCGGCUGCUGGACAAGAGCGCCCCCUGUGGCAAGUGGUCCCACGACAUCAAUCUGCCCGGGGAUAAGGGCUCGGCGACCACUCUGAAGGCUACGCGGAGCAGCAGCAUCGCCGUGACAUCCAGCACCACCAAUCAGAACGGACUACGCUCCAAGUUCCGCAAAGUAUUUCCCUUCAAUUUCUCCACCAAGGACAAACAAGUCGCCGCGUCGAAGGAGGGCGUGGACGAAAACUACACCAAGGACCUGGUGAACUAUCUGAAAUCGGCCACGAUCUGCGUAAGUGGACCGGCGCUGUCCGCCAACCGGAAGAUCAUUCAGAGCCUUAUCCGACCACUAGAAGUGCCAAAACUAGAAGUGACCUACGCCCACAAUAAUGCACUGAUCAAGAAGUACGAGGCGUCGCCCGAAGCCGGAAGUGCACCAAGCGAUGACCCCUUGGACGAGCACGAGUCAGUAGCGCCGACGGUGGCGCCACCACCGCUGCCACCGCGGGCCAAGGUCUAAUGAGCGCGUGUGUACGUGACUGUAUGUGUCUGUGUGUAUGCAAAUGAUGUGUGACUUCCGUGUGAGUGUGGCGAAAAAUCAAACACCAACAACUUCCGGCACACCGCCAUCGCAGGAUGAACGAGGUCAAAGUCGCGGUUUAAAACAAUAACAAGUGCAUCGUGAAGGAAAUCUCUCGUUGAGUUAUGUAUGUUUGUAAUCGUUAUCUUUACAAGAAAAAAAAAAACAAAUUCUAGUUGGUACCAUCAAGUGCAUUGAAAUGAUAAGAAUAAUGUUAGUCUAAUUAGAUGUGGAAAACAAACAAACACUUAGCCGAAGACUACUUUCUAAACUAAUUUGUCAAAAAUCUCUCUCUUUGUGUACAAAAAUUCAUCAUUCUGCUCGGCAGUAGCUGUUUGACUUUAAGAGGCCAGUGUGCUAAACAGUGCUCUUUUUUAUAUACUACAUGAUAUCUUCUAUGUAAUUUACCUAGGAUUAAUGUUAAAAUGUGAAAUAAACAGCAUCAAUACCAAUUGAUUUAAGUAUAAAUUAGUAAA